UUGAUAAAAUAUUGCGCCAUUUUGAAUAGCACAAGAAAUAUUUUUGAUAUUCACAGCGAAUAUAUGUUUUUCAAUGAAGAAAAUGGCUUCACAAAAACGCAAUUUGGACAACGAGAUUGAUUCACCAUUGUCGAAUAGAAAAACCGAUAAAACGACAAUGUACAAACGUAUAAUUAUGACUUCAGAUUCAGAUACAAACUGUGACGACGAGGUGGACGAUUUACCAUUGGCAAAACGAAAAUCCCAUAACAAGACAAAGUACAAACGGUUAAUUAUGACAUCAGAUUCAGAUGACAACGAUUUGGCAACACAUCAAGGGAAUGGCACAAAGAUUUCUCAGGAUAAUUGGGAUGAAUUUUGUUGGAAAUGCCAUAAGGAAAGCGACCGUGAAAUCAAAUGCUCCAAAUGUAUUUUGACAUAUCACAAACAUUGUAUGCCAGAUCUAAACCGAAAUAAAGUCGAUUGGGUGUGUCCAGAAUGUCGUUCGGCUGAAAUGCCAGUUAAAACGACUCUGAAUGACAAUGAUUUCGUCGAAGUGCUUAAAUAUGCGAUUGAAAGGAUUAUUCGCAAACAGAUUGACAAAUUCAGCAUGCCAAAAGGUUAUAUCAAGAACAAGCUGAUCAAAAAACCAUUGACACUCGAUGACAUUGUGAAAAAGGCCACAGAUGGAUUGUAUUCGAAAACGUACGAGUUGGUUUUUGAUUUCCAAUUGUUGGUGCACAAUUGUCACAUUCUGAAGAAAUGUGAAAAUAAGUUGGAAUUUGCAAAAAAAGAAGUGGCCAAAGCGAUCGAAAACGCAAAGAAAUUAUACAACAAUUGCAUGGAAGAGGUUCAUCAUUACACGCUAUGCGGUGACUGUUACAUUGCCGGCUUUACGGAAGCUCGUGCCUUUACAGCAGUUUGUUCACAGCCUCAUCUUAUUUUAUGGGUAAGAUUUGAAGCAUAUCCGUAUUGGCCUGCGAAAUUGAUGAAAAUCUCCAAUAAUCGGCUGGAAGUGCACUUUUUCAAAGAGCACAACACAGCACGUGUUUCGCAUAACGAUUGCUAUCUCUACUCAAAGGAGGAUCCGAAUGUGUAUUGUACAAGUCAAUAUAAAGCGGAUAUACAAGAAGCCGUUAAGGAAACCGCAUGCUAUAUUAAAAAUAUCGAGCAAAAAUUUGGCAAGUUUGAAUUUGCGCCGAAAUUCACAAAACCAAUUCCAUCGAAAUUGGAUAGAUUGCAUCUUGAUGAAAUGAUACCAGGUUUUCGAAAUCCAGAACUACGAAUACAAUGCAACAUAUCAGACGAAAGCAACAAUAUCGACAUGGUUCCAAACAAUAUUUCUAUUAAUUUUGAUGACGACAACGAUUCCGAAUCAAACUCCACAUUAAUACGCAAAAUAGAUGCAUUGCGUCAGAUGCACCGGAAAUUGGCAACAUACUUGCAUGCCUUGAAAUCCGAAUAUCAUUCGGAAAAGGAAAAGAAUGUCAUUAUUAUGAAGGAAAAUCAAUCGCUGAAGGCCGAAUUGGACCUAAUAAAAGCGUUAACGGAUUAAAAUCAAUUUGUUUUCAAUCAAAAAUAUGAAUACUUUAUGAUAGAAAAACACAC